UCUGGGAUCUGCAGGAAAUUACAUUCCCCACAGCCCAGAGAGGAGCUCCAGGAGACAGCGCUGCUCCCACCGCCACCAUGUGGCCCCUCGUCCUGCUGUGGGGCUGCCUGGUGCUCCCAGGUUACAGAGCGCUGCAGGGCCCGAAGGAGGUCACAGGGUUGGAAGGCAACUCGGUGUCCGUGCAGUGCACCUACGGGGACGAGCUGCGCGCACACAGCAAGUACUGGUGCCGCGAGGCUGGGAUGUUCCUGUCGCGCUGCUCCGGUACCAUCCACGCGGCAAAGGAUGGCAGCGAGACCACAGAGGGCCGCGUGUCCAUCCGCGACAGCCCGGAAGAGCGCCUGUUCACCGUGACCUUGAGAGCCCUCACUCCCACGGACACCGGGGAGUACUGGUGUGGAGCCAGGACGCUGCGCUCCCAUAAAUUCUUCCGAGUCUUUGUGCGCGUCAUUCCAGCUUCUGCUGGUCUCCACCCAACAGUCGCCACCACCAAGCAGGGGAAUGGAGCAGCCAAAACAUCUUCAAUCGCAGGGACCUCUCUAUACGGGCAGGCAGCAAGCACCCCGUACCCAGGCACCUCUCUGCCCACAAGGACUUCCCCAUACAGGCGGGCAGCAAGCACCGGGUACCCAGGCACCUCUCUGCCUGCAGGGACCUUCCCGUAUGGGCGUGUAGCAAGCACUAGGAACCCAGAAACCUCUCUGGCCACAGGGACCCCAAGUCACCCAGGAAGCUCCAUCCAAGCCGUUCAGCAGCACAAAACCCCGGCAGAGGAUGCUGCAGCUGCCCCCAGCAACUCCGAGGCCAGGGUGACCAUCCCCACAGCCCGCAUGUUGUCUCCUUUCCUCGUGCUGCUCAGCCUCCUGCUGGCCGCAGGCCUCAUCGCCUUGGGCAGCCACAUGCUCGGAUGCGGCAAGGAAGCUCCACCGGUCUCAGAGACAGAGAAGAGCCAGGGGACUGAAGUCUACUUCUCGACCUUGGCCCCAGAGGAAGUAACCACCCCUUCCCAGUUCGCUGAGGAGGACAGGAUCACAGGGGACCCACCAUGCACACCAGAGGAGCAGCAGGCUUUCUCCAAGUUCGUCUCUGUGUAGCUACAGAGUGUGACCCUGGCCAGGCCAUGAAGCCAACGGGUUGGCACCACUGCCUCAGAAGCCAGUAACCCAUGAUCCAGGCCUUUGCCCUCCCUCCCCACUGUCUUCCUGCAGUGGUCAGCCCUGCUGGAGCCCAGUCCCUCC